AUUCUUCUGUGGAAUUAAACCUCUAGUCCAAAUCUCUCUCCUGAGUUCCAGACUUGUCUAUAUACCUGAACAUCUCCCCCAUGUCCCACAGCACUGGAAACUCAGCAACUCUAAAAUGGAAAUUUAGAUCUUCCUCUACCUCCUCCUAUAUUUCCUGUUAUAAUAAAUAGCACUACAAGCAUCAAGUCCGUUCAGUUGUUCAAGCUAGAAUCCUGGAUAUGAAGUACUUAAUGCUUUUCCCUAGGUCAUCCAAGCAAUUCAGCUACCUACAUAGAGCUCAGUCUGUUUCUUCUCUCCAUCUCCAUAUAUCAGGUCCUUAUAAUUUGCCUCAACUAUUGCAGUGGCUUCACAAUCUCCAGGCUCUUCUCCUUCUAAGCCUUCUUUCACUUUACCACCAGAAUGACUAAUCUAAAUUGGAAAUAUGCCUCCAUUCCAUGUUUAAUUUUUCAAUGGCUACAUAUGACCCACAAGACAAAAUCUAAUAUUCCUGAACAUGAUGAAACUCAAAGGCCUUUCAAGACCUCAUCUUCCACUAUUGAUGUCCACCCAAACCAAACUUUUUUUAGAUUUUAGUCAACCGUGGUCUUCCUCCUCUGUGUUCAGUAGCACAGUACAUACCUCCAUGGCAACAAGUGGUUCAUUUCUUCUAUUCCUCUAUUUUUCUUACUAGACUGAGCUCCUGGAGGGCAGGGGCUUUGUUUGAUUAAGCAAUAGAUUUUCAUUAACUGGCAUAGUGCUUGGCUUAUAGAAUAGGCAAAUCAACACUGUUUAUUUGGGGUCCUUUUACACUGCUGCUUAUUAGCUGAGCCAAAUUUGGCCUCUGUAAACAUUUCUGUUCCUUCAGUAUCACUAACAUAACUAACCUACGCCUCAUCACUGCUCCAAUUUAACAACUUCAAGUGGAAAGUAUAUUGAUUUGACAGUACCAAAAUGGGCAAAGUCUACUACCUAAAUCAGGCCUGCCUAAAUUCCUGAGUUCAUGGGCAAUAAAGUCCCAGUUCUCUGAAAUCCUGACUUAUAGCACAAGGAUGACUGAAGUUUUUGGUUGUUUUCAGGAUCUCUAUAGUGGAUUAAUUGGCCCACUGAUCGUUUGUCGAAGACAUUAUAUGAAAGUAUUUAAUCCCAUUAAAAAACUGGAAUUUUUCCUUCUGUUUUUCGUUUUUGAUGAGAAUGAAUCUUGGUACUUGGAUGAAAACAUCAAAACAUACUCUGAUCAUCCUGAGAAAGUAAACAAAGACAAUGAUGAAUUCAUAGAAAGCAAUAAAAUGCAUGCUAUUAAUGGAAGAAUGUUUGGGAACCUACAAGGCCUCAUAAUGCAUGCAGGAGAUGAAGUCAACUGGUAUCUGAUGGGAAUGGGCAAUGAAAUAGACUUGCACUCAGUACAUUUCCACGGCCACAGCUUCCAAUACAAGCACAGGGGCAUUUAUAGUUCCGAUGUCUUUGACAUUUUCCCCGGGACAUACCAAACCCUAGAAAUGUUUCCAAGAACACCUGGAAUCUGGUUACUCCACUGCCAUGUGACUGACCACAUUCAUGCUGGAAUGGAAACUACUUACACGGUUCUACCAAAUGAAGCUUCGCAGGCUCACAGGAGGAUAUGGAAUGUGAACUAUCCAUUUACAGUCGGCCUGAUUAUUUUAUUCCAAAUAUCUACCAAAGAACGGCUAGGAGAAUAAGGUUGGUCCCUUUCCUUCCUGCAAGUUUAAUAAUCAUCUUCAUCUGAAUAAUUUCCUGACAAUAAGAUAGCAAAUAUGAAAUAAAGUGAUAAUCUGCCACUCAUAGGGUCUCCCGACAUGAAAGAAAACACAGAUUAUUUCUAUAGUCAACCCUUGAUUAAUCAGGACAAUGGUCUAAGUAGGAAGGAGCAAGGCACAGGGAACCCAAACCACGAUUAAAAUGAAACUAGUCAAAACUAGGCACAAUAUGGAUUACUCAUAAACCUUUUUAGUUUUAUCCAUAUCAUCAAUAAGUUUAAAAAUAAGAAAUGACACACACAUAUAUUACUGAAUAAAAAAAUGGUCCGAAGGUUACUGCAGGUCUUUAAAACACUCAAUGCUGUCUAUUUCUUUGCAGAGUGUUCCACUUUUUCUUUUCUAUAUUGGAAAUGGACUCAUCUCUACCCCGCAGCACGUGCACUAUUUAUUCCCUCUCUGAUCUAGAUCUCCAACCCCUGGCUGACUUUGCAGGGCUAGAAUCCAGACUUCUCUUUCUUCUCUACCUAUACAAUCACAAGUGCGGCUCUCAGGCAAGGUGGUUGGCAAGGAGGUGGGUGGAGGGGACCAUGACAAUUUUGGCAAAGGGUAGGGCAUUUACUAGUUACUGUAUCACUUCAAAUAACAGGUUUUUGACAUGUAAAUAAUUUAUAGAUUGUUUUUAAUUCUUUCACAAAUACAUUAUUAAAGUGACGGAAGACAAGUGAUACAGACUCAUAUCAAAUGUAUGUGGUGGUGGUAGGGUGGGGGUAAAGGGGAGGCAUGCGAUUUUGAAAAAACUCUCCAGGUGAUUCUGAACCUAUUACUCUAGGUGAGAAUCAAAUGAGAUCUUGUUGUUUCUUGAGGGUUAUUUUUUUCUUAAUGAUUAAGACUAAUCUAGAAAAAAUGUAAUUAGGAAAAUGAUAGAAAAGUUUAGGCAGACCACAUUUCUAUCUUUUGACAGCAAAGAUUUCAGGAAAAAACCUACUCUUUUAAAAUAUUUAAAAAUGGAUUUUAAAAGAUCACUUAAAUAAUACUUUUUAAAGCGGUGAUUUCAAAUUUGCUUUGAAGCUUUAUCAGGUAAGAUUUAAUAGCACUUAUUACAAUUAUGAUUUUAAUAUGUGCCGAGUACAUAUGUUUUGGGAGAGCAAGGCUCUGCCUGCACUGUCCAAGGCUGCACAACAUAUUUACAGCACAUGCUCAAGGAAUAUUUGUGGAAUGAACAAAUCUCAGGCUCAGCAGCUUCUGUACCUUAAGGGCACUAGUGAUAAGAACCAACAAGAAUCUUCUCAGGCUUUCUAGGGGCUGUCUAAGCAGUAUGAUCUGUUGAGCUUCCCGCCCUGACCCCCAUCCCCAAUCUGACAUUUUGGUUUCUAUAAGCAAUAACCACACUUACACCUGUUCUUAGGGUAAAUCGAGAGGUACAAAUUCAAAAACCUAACGAGGCCAAACAGAUGGUGAAAAUGCAUGAAGGCAGCUGAGUACAGGAAAUGGACACCAGACAUUCUGUAUCUGAACCAGGAAGACAUCGCUAUGAGAACUGCUGCCAGCAGGACAGCAUGAGCACUGCUCAAGAAGGGGAGCCACUCAUUGCCUCCAACCCACAGGUCUCUGGCAAUGAGGGCCCAGGGUUACCAGUGCUGCUGAAAUUUUCAAGAGAAAUUUAAAACUCGGAAUUUUUAAUUUGAAAUCUCAAAUUUUUAUAUGUUGGCAGCUACACUAGGCAGAACACACAAAACAGACCGGGGGUUCUAUUUGGUCCUUGGGCCACUAAACUACAUUAAGAAAAAUCACAUCCACAUCCAGUGCAGCCUGAUCCACCAAAUCAAAUGUGGACUUUAUUUCUCAUUUCCAGUCAAAACACUGUCAUGGUCAGAAUUCCUACAGGAUGACCUAUAUUCUCCAAUCGACCUACUUAUUUUUAAAAAAAUCCUUUUCAGGAGCCAGAUAAACUGGCUACUUUGACCUAUUUCCUAUAAAAUAGACAGUAGUAGUUGGGUUAGACUAAAGGGCUAAAAUCUAUGAGUGAACACUAAAAAAACAAGAAUCAUGUCAAUAAAAACAACACUGAACAUUUUCCAUACUUGCAUUUCACAGCAUUUUUAAGCACAUCCUGAAAACUAGGCAAGACAGUCACGUGACUUGGUGAUGCUCAUUCAUUUACUGGUAAAGAACCCAGGCUUCCUAUAAGCAGUUUCAGGCAGAAGCAGAAAUUCUCUCCAGAGCUUGUUGGUAUGCCUAACUAUGGAUUUUGUCUCCCCAAAUUAUAUACUCCAGAUUAACAGGACACCUGAGGUCUUACCAAAUUUAUAUCCUACAUUAAAUUGUAACGUGCACAGUCAGAAGAAUAAGAAGCAUUUUU